AUGCAUCCUACAAUACUGUUUCUGAGCCUCGCAGCCCUUGCCAGCGUCGCAGUCUCCACCAAGGACAAGGACUAUGGCCCUGGCUGUCCGGGGGAUGAGUAUUAUAACGAGAUGAUGGAAAGCAAGAACCGCAAGGCCGCCGUAACAGACUGUGCCAAGUGGCUGGGCGAAACCAUCACCGACCCCAAAGAAAUACCCAAGUACCUCAAGGACUGUGGCGGAAAUAAGGACGAGGACCGUGUCAGCAGAGUCUCGGCCGCUUGCUCCUGUAUCGAGACCUCUGUUCCCCCGACCUUGUCAACGAGCACCCAUGUCAGUAGCACACCUUCAAGCACGUCUGUCAUCACCACGUCGUCGCAGGGUGCAAGUCACCAGUCUUCGAGUUCUUCGGUACCCGCCUACUACGUCUACACGAUGCUCCAGCAGCCAUUCGCCUUCGGGCUCUUCGGGUUCAACACACUUGACAUCCUCCACAACCUCAAGCCAUGA